UCAUCGCCGCGCGCGCCAAGCUGGAGCGGCGGCGCUGGAAAGCAUGGCGUUGUUCCACGUCGCGCGGUACCAGGGUCCUGAGGCGACCGGCCCGGAAAGGGCAGAGGCCGAGGCCGGAGCUGGCAGCCGGGCUCGCGCUCUGCUCGAGAGAUUGCAAAGCCAGGCCCGAGAGCGGCAGCAGCAGCGGGAGCUGGAGCCUGCUGAGGCGGCCGCGCAGACGUCUGAGGUGCCGGGCAGGCGGCGGCGGCGGCCGCGGCGGAGGCCGCGGGUCAGCGGCAGGGCUGCGGGAAGACCGGACACGCCGCAGGCGAAGCGACUGAGAGCAGGUGGCGAGGACGCGGACGCAGACGCAGGGAGCAGCGAGGAGGCGCCCAAGGAGCGCAGCGCGAGCCCCGAGGCCCCAGACAGUCGGCCCCCGGAGACAGUGUCUGAGCUCCCGGGACCUGGCCAGGUGCUGGGCGGCCUUGCGAGGAGGAAGGCAGCGAAGGUCCAGCUUUUUCUGCCAAUGUGGUUGGCCAACCCAAGCUGUGUCAAGAAGAAUGUCACCAAAGACCUCGUUCCAAUCGAAGACAUCCCCGAGGUGCACCCUGACCUGCAGAAGCAGCUGAGGGCACGUGGCAUCUCGUCCUACUUCCCAGUCCAGGCAGCUGUGAUUCCUGCCCUGUUGGAGAAUGCAGCCAGUGGGUUUUUGGUGGGCAGAGGUGGCUACCAGCCUAGUGACCUCUGCGUUUCUGCCCCGACGGGCAGUGGAAAGACACUGGCCUUCGUCAUACCGGUGGUGCAGGCCCUGCUGCACCGAGUGGUCUGCCAUGUCCGUGCCCUAGUCAUGUUGCCCACCAAGGAGCUGGCCCAGCAGGUGAGCAAAGUGUUCAACAUCUACACGGAUGCCACGCCUCUGCGAGUUGCCCUGGUUACUGGGCAGAAGCCCUUGGCCACAGAGCAGGAGAGCCUAGUCCAGAAGACAGCAGAUGGCUUCCGCUGCCUGGCUGACAUCGUGGUGGCCACACCCGGCCGCCUGGUAGACCACAUCAACCAGACCCCAGGGUUCAGCCUGCAGCAGCUGCGCUUCUUGGUUGUGGAUGAGGCCGACCGCAUGAUAGACAGCAUGCACCAGUCCUGGCUGCCCCGGGUGAUGGCGGCCGCCCUCCCCAGCAAGGGCCCUGCAGACCCCUGUGCCCUGCUGCAGAGAUGGCGGCCACAGGCCGUAACUGCUGCCAGUGCUUGCUGUCCCCAGAUGCCCCUACAGAAGCUGCUCUUUUCGGCCACCCUGACCCAGAACCCCGAGAAGCUGCAGCAGCUCGGCCUCUACCAGCCACGGCUCUUCUCUACACGGCUGGCACACAGGGUCCCCAAAGAUGAGGGCACCGAGGUGGACAGGGACCCAGAGGGGAAGUACACCUUCCCUGCAGGGCUCACUCACCACUACGUGCCCUGCAGCCUGAGCUCCAAGCCGCUGGCCAUCAUGCACCUGGUCGUGGGGAAGAACUUCUCCAGGGCCCUCUGCUUCACCAACUCCCGGGAGAACUCCCACAGGCUCUUCCUGCUGCUGCAAGCAUUUGGGGGUGUGAGCGUGGCAGAGUUCUCCUCCCGCUACGGGCCUGGCCACAGGAGGAAGGUCUUGAAGCAGUUUGAGCAGGGCAAGAUCCAGCUCCUCAUCAGCACAGACGCCACUGCCCGAGGCAUCGACGUGCUGGGCGUGGAGCUGGUGAUCAACUAUGACGCCCCCCAGUACCUGAGGACCUAUGUGCACCGGGUUGGGAGAACAGCUCGCGCGGGCAAGACAGGACAAGCCUUCACACUGCUCCUGAAGGUGCAGGAGAGGACGUUCCUCCGCAUGCUAGCAGAAGGCGGGGCGCCUGAGCUGGCACAGCACGAGAUCCCCAGCAAGCUCCUGCAGCCGCUGGUCCCUCGGUACGAGGAAGCCUUGUCACAGCUGGAGAGGACGGUCAAGGAAGAGCAGAAGCAAAAGGCCGCCUAGGCAGGAGACAGAAGUCGCUGCUAUCUUGGUGAGCAGGGGGAGCAGUCUCCCUGCGCCAAGCAGGCCUCUGGGAAGGGAACGGCUGACUGUGCGCUCGUGUGCCUGCCUGAGGGCUGGGGUCAGCGUCCUGCCAACUCCAGGGAAGGGACCGGACAGAGGGUGGCCUGGAGGCUCCCUUUCUGCUUCACUGUGUGGAGUGAAGAAGGCCUCAUGUGAGCUGUCGGGGGACUAGAUGGAGAAGACUCACCUGCUUACAAGGCUUGGUUUUGUUUUGGUACUGGGAAUCGAACUCAGGACCUUGUGCUUGCGAGGCAGGCAGUGGAACCACUGAGCUGCAUCCCCGGCCUACAAGGCUUGGUUUUGAAGUGUUUAUGUGAUCCAUUAAAUUUUAAAAAUUUGCCUGAA